CUUCACUUCGUUUCUCUCCCAGUUGCCCAGUGGGACAGUUGGGUCUCAGCUCCUCAAGCGACUCCAUCAAAACCACAAGACCACCCGAACAGUCAACCAGCCAUGAGCAAGUCCUACUCCUCCUCAGCCCAGUCGGCCUCCUCAUACCGUCGCACCUUCGGCUCUGGCGUCGGGUCAUCCCCAAUGUCCUCCCUCUUCUCCUCUGUAGGAGGUGGCCGCAGCUCUGCUUCAAGCCACAUGUCCUCCCGAGUCUAUGAGGUCAAGGGUGCCGGCAUUCCCUCCUAUUCCGCCUACCGGGUGUCCUCUGGUGCUGGGGGAGCAGGGUAUGGUUCCUCUACAGCCAUGCGCGCCUAUUCUGGAGAGAAACUGGACUUCAACCUGGCCGAUGCCAUGAACCAGGACUUUCUCAACACAAGGACCAAUGAGAAGGCCGAGCUCCAGCACCUCAACGACCGAUUUGCCAGCUACAUCGAGAAGGUGCGCUUCCUGGAGCAGCAGAAUGCAGCACUGACAGCGGAGAUUGAGAAGCUGAGGGGCCGCGAGGGCCCUGGGCGCGUUGCUGAGAUGUAUGAGGAGGAAAUGAGGGAGCUGAGGAGACAAAUAGAGGCCAUCUCCAACCAGCGUGCCCGAGUGGAGGUGGAGAGAGACAACCUGGGUGAUGACCUGCAGAAACUUAAGCUCAGACUGCAGGAGGAGAUUCACCAGAAGGAAGAGGCUGAGAACAACCUUUCUGCUUUUAGAGCUGAUGUUGACAAUGCCACUCUGGCCAGGCUGGACCUGGAGAGACGCAUUGAGAGCCUGCAAGAGGAGAUUGCCUUCCUCAAGAAGAUCCAUGAAGAGGAGAUCCGUGAGCUGCAGAGUCAGAUGCAAGACACUCAGGUGCAGAUCCAGAUGGACAUGUCUAAACCUGACCUGACUGCUGCUCUGAGGGACAUCCGCAUGCAGUAUGAGGGCAUCGCCGCCAAGAACAUUUCAGAGGCUGAAGAAUGGUACAAGUCUAAGGUGACUGAUCUGAACCAGGCUGUGAAUAAGAACAAUGAUGCACUGCGUCAGGCCAAGCAGGAGAGCAUGGAGUACAGGCACCAGAUCCAGUCCUACACCUGUGAGAUCGACUCACUCAAGGGCACUAACGAGUCUCUGCUGCGCCAGAUGAGAGACAUGGAGGAUCGCAUGGGCCGUGAGGCUUCUGGUUACCAGGAAACUAUCGCACGGCUGGAGGCAGACAUUGCUAAGAUGAAGGACGAUAUGGCUCGUCACCUGAGAGAGUACCAGGACCUCCUCAAUGUGAAGAUGGCCCUUGAUAUUGAAAUCGCCACCUAUCGCAAGCUCCUGGAGGGAGAGGAGAGCAGGAUCACUACCAAUGUGCCUGUCCAGUCUGCAUAUUCCUCCAUUGGCUUCAGAGAGACCAGUCCUGAGUCCCAGCAUCAGCGCUCCUCAGAGGUUCACUCCAAGAAGACUGUUCUCAUCAAGACCAUCGAGACCCGCGAUGGCGAGGUUGUCAGCGAGUCCACACAGCACCAGCAAGACAUCAUGUAAACCAGAAGAAGCAACCUCAGAAACACUAUAUAUAAUAAGUUAACAAAAAAAUAGUAAAAAAUCUACAUUUUCCUACCACUACUAUGACGAUUUAUAAGCUGAGCCUAUUUUUAGAAACAGUUUUUUAGCAGAUUUUAAGGGAAACACAAAAUCAUAUGAAUGAAAGCAGCUAGUAUACAUCUUUAGACAAUGUACUUUAUACGUCAUAAACAGGAUAAAUGCAAUAUGGAGGCACAAAGCACUGCCUUUAGUCUGGUUUUAAAUAAAGGUCAUUCCAGGAAUUAUGUUUUAUUUGUGUUACUUUCCUUCUUUCGAAAACACCAGGACUUGUCAUAUCUCUCAAAUCUUAUCAGAAAUAAUUCAAUGGAAAGAGUUUUAAAUGAACAACAAGACUUUGUGUCACUGUAUUGGCCCAGUAUCCGGAGGGGAGUUUGCAAGGUGCAAGAUAGAUGAAUGGGCCUGAAACACCAAGGUCACAAGUAAUAUUGUAACAGUAAUUUUCACUGCACAUAUUCCAAGUCUUUCUGUGCUUAUGUAUGUGUAAGUAUAUGACUUGAUUAAGAAGGGACUGUUUGCGUAACUGAUUUACGAAAAGUGAGAUGUUGGUCUUGUUGGUUUGAGAAAUGUCAACACAAAAAAAGGAACUCAGUCAUGCCCGGAGUUUGAGCAUGUGCUGGGUGUUUGACUGUAUGGGUGACCAUGUUUUGCUGCUUCAUUUUGCCAAGAAUCUCAAAUAAAGACAUUCGUUAUCACCA